AUGUGGUCUCGCCCUUACACUAUGCCGAGGGACUACCUGCUCCCUUUUAUCUCAGCUUGUCUCUUUGUCAUACAACUUGGUCUUUCGGUAAGCGACCUACCAUCUAUCAAGCUCAUGCAAGAUAUUGUAUGUAAGCAUGUCCAUCGAAUCGAUAGCCCUGAACUCCUUCCAGAAGAGAGAUGCAGGGAUGAGCCGGUGCAGCAACGACUUAACUUCAUCAUGAAGGGGAUGCAGAUAUCCGCCACUAUUUCGGCUAGCGUAGUUGCGUUCCCCCUGGGUGUUCUCUCGGAUCGAAUCGGCCGACUUCCUGUGCUGGGUGCAAGUAUCCUCAGCAUGAUACUCUCAGAAUCAUACGCCAUGUUCGUAUGCUGGAAAUCAGGCAUGAUUCCACUCGAAGCAAUUUGGUGUGUCGGGGUCGCACUUCUCUUUGGUGGAGGUCGAAGCGUUGCUGAGGCCACGGUAUUUGCUAUCAUUGCGGACACGUGGGUUGUGGCCUCUGUACUUGCUGCUCAGCUCGUAGGCCCUGUGCUAUCAGGAGAGCUGGUUCGGUCAUCGGUAUGGAUGCCACUAUUCUUGUCCUUGGGCUUGGUACUCGGAGGCGGUAUCAUCCUAGUGAGCUUGACACCAGAGACACUCAAGCUAAAGCAGCCUCGAGGGGUGGUGAGCGUUGGGCUGUAUGACGAUGAUCUGGAGUCGAACAUGUUGAGCUUGGAGCCUCCCAAGAGAACAUCCGUGAUGGUCACUUUCAAGUCGAUGGUCUCCAGGCCUCUCCUCUGGAUUAUCCCUGGUGCUGUCAUGACAAUCCCACUAGCAACAGUGCAGACGGAUAUCGCCAUUCGCCUAAUGCCCAUACAGUUCAACUGGCCUCUCAAGCGUUCUAUACUUAUUGUAUCUUUGCGAAGCUUGGUCACACUUCUCACCCUCUCAUCGCAGAUGUUCAAUUCUAGCUCGGGCGAGUUCAUUGCUAUUCUUAGCUGGCUGCCUCUGCAUGAUGAUGGUAAGAAAGGAAGCCUUCAUCAUUGCAGGCCUAGCCGUGUCGGCACUGGGCUCGGGUCUACCUACGCUCUGCCGCGCCAUGUUAGUUGGGAUGACGGGGGAGGAGAGAGCCGGGAUGCUAUUCGGGCUGCUGGCGGUCUGUGA